AUGUGUUGUCAGACUUUUAUGUGCUCUCUCUCUCUCUCUCUCUCUCAAACUCUCUCAAACUCUCUCUCUCUCUCUCAAACUCUCUCUCAAACUCUCAAACUCUCUCUCUCUCAAACUCUCAAACUCUCUCUCAAACUCUCAAACUCUCUCUCUCUCAAACUCUCAAACUCUCUCUCUCUCAAACUCUCAAACUCUCAAACUCUCUCUCUCUCUCCUUUCGCAGCAGGGGGAGCAGGCACCGGCAGGAUGUUUUACCUGAUUGGUCUGGGUUUGAGCGAUGAGAAGGAUAUCACGGCGCGCGGGCUCGAGAUUGUCAAGCGGUGUGAUGAAGUGUUUCUCGAGGCCUACACGGCCAUUCUGAUGGUUAACAGUGACAAGCUGGAAGCCUUUUAUGGACGUCCCGUGACGGUUGCUGACCGUGAGCUUGUGGAGCAGCAGUGCGAAGAGCGUUUGUUGCUCCCGGCCAAGGAGAAGGACAUUGCCCUCCUGGUGGUGGGCGACCCCUUUGCUGCCACCACGCACACCGACCUUGUCACCCGCUGCAAGAGCCUGGGCGUGCCUUGCCAAGCCGUGCACAAUGCCUCGAUCAUGAACGCGAUCGGCUGCUGUGGGCUCCAACUCUACAACUUUGGACGCACGGUGAGCAUUGUCUUUUUUACGGAGCAGUGGCGUCCAGACUCGUUUUAUGCCAAGAUGAAGGCCAACAAGGACAUGGGUCUGCACACGUUGUGUCUUGUUGACAUCAAGGUGAAGGAACAGUCAAUUGAAAACCUGAUCAAGGGUCGCAAGAUCUUUGAGCCCCCGCGCUACAUGACCGUGAACCAGUGUGCGAAGCAAUUGCUGGAGGUCGAGGAAAAGUAUGGUGAGGGCGUGUGCGGCCCCGACAGCCUGGCCGUAGGAGUGGCCCGUGUUGGCUGCACGGACCAGCGCAUUGUCUUUGGCACGCUCAGUGAGUUGGUGACGGUGGACUUUGGCCCUCCGCUCCAUUCACUGGUGGUCAUUGGUGAGACGGACGAGAUUGAGCGUGAGGUCUUGGACAUGUAUAAGAUUGACGACAGCACGCCGCGUGUGGCCGAGGAGCCGGAUGAUUUGGAUGUGCACUGCACAUGAGCAUGUGCUGCGAUUGAAUCCGUCUCCAAGCGCUGGUUUGGUGAUCUCUACCCUUUUGGAUUCUACUGUUGUGGUGUGCAUGAAUGAACGGUGUAAUUUGUCAACGGGUCAACACUUUAUCCGAGCUCGCUGCAAUUGCUCUUUAUUCGAGUCUUUCUAUCCCCCGAUCCGAUCAGGCGUCAAGGCGGAAUCAAGCACGCUCAUCGGUCGAGGGAGAUAGGAAAAAGAAGAACAAAUCAAAAAAAAAA